ACGCCCAGACGGCAGCUGGGCUCCGCCGACAACCCUGACCCGGGCUGCCGCGGCGCGGGCAAGGUGGCAAUCCAGGCAUGGUGGACUGAGACCCGGCCGCAGAAAAGGGCUUUCCUGGGCUUUCGCGAGCGGCCUACUGUGUGCCCCCCAGCCUCUGCUCCCGGCCCCCUUCCCGUCCCCCUGGCUCGGGUGGGAGCUUUUCCCGCUUCCCAUCUUUCUGUCCCUAUGGAGCAGAUAGCCCCGCCGCCCGACCAUGCCUAGGAAAGCAGGGAAUGGGCAGCUCCCCUUACCCGAUGGCUGGGAGGAGGCGAGGGAUUACGACGGCAAAGUCUUCUACAUCGACCACAACACCAAGCAGACCAGCUGGAUCGACCCCCGGGACAGGUUGACCAAGCCUUUGUCAUUUGCGGAUUGUGUUGGGGAUGAACUGCCAUGGGGAUGGGAAGCUGCCUAUGAUCUUCAGAUUGGUGUAUACUAUAUUGAUCACAUCAACAAAACCACACAAAUAGAAGAUCCCCGGAAACAAUGGAGGCAAGAACAAGAGAGAAUGUUGAAGGAUUAUCUUAUGGUAGCCCAGGAUGCUCUCAGUGCUCAGAAAGAACUGUACCAAGUGAAAGAACAGAGGCUAGCACUUGCACUGGAUGAGUACGUCCGCUUGAAUGAUGCCUACAAAGAAAAAUCAAGCUCUCGUACAAGCUUGUUCUCAGGCUCCUCAUCAAGCACAAAGUAUGACCCUGACAUUCUGAAGGCUGAAAUCUCCACUACAAGAUUAAGGGUUAAGAAGCUGAAGAGGGAACUCUCUCAGAUGAAGCAAGAGCUGCUGUACAAGGAACAGGGCUUUGAAACACUGCAACAAAUUGACCAAAAAAUGUCUGGAGGCCAGAGUGGGUAUGAGCUAUGUGAAGCCAAAGCCAUCCUGCGUGAAUUGAGGUCCAUCAGAAAGGCGAUAAGUUCAGGGGAGAGAGAAAAACAAGAUUUAAUGAAGAGUCUUGCAAAGCUGAGAGAGAAAUUCAGCCUUGGCCAGACCAUUGGGACAUCCAAACCAGACCUGAAUUCCAGCUCUGUAAAUUCCCAGCUGUGUUUUUCUAGACAAACUCUGGAUACGGGGUCUCAGACUGACAUUUCUGGUGAGGUUGGAGCAAGAAGUAGAUCAAAUUUAGUGGAGAAGGUCAGACUAAGUCUUCAAUAUGAAGAGGCAAGAAGGAGCAUGGCUAACUUGAAGAUUGAACUUUCUAAGCUAGAUAGUGAAGCCUGGCCUGGGGCACUGGACGUGGAAAAGGAAAAACUAAUGUUAAUCAAUGAGAAAGAAGAGCUUUUAAAGGAACUGCAGUUUAUUACACCAUGCAAACGUACUCAAGAUGAGCUGGAGCAGCUAGAAGCAGAAAGGAAGAGGCUUGAAGAAGAGCUACUCUCUGUGAAAAACACACCCAGUCAAGCACUUGCUGAAAGAUUGAAAUUGGAGGAGAGAAGAAAGGAGUUGGUACAGAAACUUGAAGAAACUACCAAGUUAACUACUUAUUUACAUUCACAGCUUAGGAGCCUCUCAGCUAGUACCUUAUCUGUGUCUUCAGGGAGCAGUUUGGGAUCUCUGGCAUCCAGCCGGGGGUCUCUGAACACGUCGAGCAGAGGGUCACUAAACUCGCUCAGCUCUAUGGAUCUCUACUAUAAUCAAGGCGAUCAAGUAACAGAUUUGGACUAUCAGUACAAGCUUGACUUCAUAUUGCAAGAAAAAAGUGGUUACAUUCCUUCAGGACCAAUCACUACUAUUCAUGAAAAUGAAGUGGUUGGUUCCCAGGGGAGACUGGGUUAUAGUGACUCUCCUUCAGCUGCAGACCAUCCCAAAUUGUCUGAACCUCCCAAAUCUGUGACUUCACUGUCAUCCAGAUCUUCACUGUCCUCCUUGUCCCCCCCAGGCUCCCCUUUGGUUUUAGAAGCUGCCCUUUCUGUGUCAGCUCAAAAUUCCCCUCUGCAUCACCUCGCUACAGACUUUGAAGACUGUGACCUUUCAGGGGAUUUUGCAGGCAUUAGUCUCUGUGAGAACCAAAUAUUAUUGGACUCUGAAGCCAGAGCAGGAUCUCGGAUUCCUACAGAUGCUAAAGAUCUUAAUGAAGGCAUUAGGCAGCCUCUGCCUUCUCUGCAUGAAGGAAGCUCAGAUGUUGACUUGCCAAGAAGAACGGCUGGUCACCUGCUUCAGAAGAAAGCUUGUGUAUCUGCUGCUGUGUCUGAUGAGUCUGUAGCUGGAGACAGUGGUGUAUAUGAAGCUUCUGUGAAACAACCAAAUGAAUCUGAGGACCUUGUAUAUAGUGAAGAUGAUGCAAUGACUCCAGGGGCUGCCCAGGUACAAGUAGGACUCAGAUAUGACCACAGCAGUUCAAGCUUUGUGAUAAUCAUAGCACAGCUCAGAAAUCUUCCAGCAUUCUUUGUCCCCUUUGGCUCUAAAGUGUACAUUCGAGUGGCAGUGCUUCCCUCCUCACUUGAUACCAGCUGUCUGUUCCGCACAAGAGUCCAUCCUGCCAUGGAGACCAUGGUAUUCAAGGAGAUCUUCAGAGUAACCAUUUCCCAAGUAACACUGUUGCAGAAGACGCUGAGAGUGGAUGUUUGUGCUGUCAGUAGAAGUCGUUGGGAAGAAUGCUUGGCUGGGACUCAGAUCAGUCUGGCAGAUUUAUCAUUUUCUGAUGAGACUUGUACUCUGUGGUACAACCUGUUACCUUGCAAGCAAAGUCUUGGCAAAAACCCCAAGGAACAAAAUGAAGAAUCCAUGUUUGUGUUAAGCAAGCAGUCACUGCACUCACUGGACUUGGAUACUCUGUCAGCUUUGCUGGAGAGGACAUCUGCUGAGCUGGAAGCAGUAGAACAAGAGCUGGCAGAAGAUGAGGAGGAGGAGGAGGAACAGGAGCAAAGGGGCUCUGAGGAAGACUGGUUAGAAAUGCUCACAGAAGCCUCUGAUGAAAUUGUGGAUGAAGAGGAAGAUGGCAUUAAGCUGGCAGAAGAAGGCAGCUGUACUGAUGACAUGGGGUUACUCAUUGAUGCACCAGAAACAAAUGAAGACAAGGACAGGGAGAACAGCAAUGAGGCCCAUGAAAGCCAGGAAGCUGCUGUAACGCUAACACUGGUUGAUAAAGAGACUAACACCGAGGAAUCAGUUAAUGAGAACACAACAGUCCGACCCAAGGACAGAGCCAGCUGGAGCUCAAGACAGCGUCCCUUUGUCAGGAACAGCAUGAUAGUGCGCUCACAAACCUUCUCUCCGGGCGAGCGGAACCAAUACAUCUGCAGGCUGAAUCGAAGUGACAGCGACAGCUCAACACUAGCCAAGAAGUCUCUCUUUGUGAGAAACGCCACAGAGCGGCGGAGCCUCCGAGUGAAGCGGCCUGUUUGCCAACCAAUCAUGCGAAGAGCUACGCAAGAGCUCCCCAUACGCACGUCCCUUGACUUGGAGCUGGACCUCCAGGCGUCACGCACGAGACAGAACCGCCUGAAUGAUGAGCUUCAGGUCUUGCGGGACCUCAAACAAAAGCUUGAGGAAAUGAAAGGCAGAGGAGAGACAGACCUUCCCCUGUGUGUGCUAGAGGAUGAACGAUUCCAGAAACUCCUGAAACAAGCUGAGAAACAGGCUGAACUGUCAAAAGAAGAACAGAAACAAGGUUUGAGUGCUGAGAAGCUGAUGAGGAAAGCUUCUAAGGAUGUGUGCCGGUUACGGGAGCAGAGCCAGAAAGUGCCACUGCAGGUGCAGUCAUUCAGGGAGAAGAUAGCAUACUUCACAAGAGCAAAGAUCAGUAUACCAGCCCUUCCAGCUGAUGAUGUAUAAUUGCUCAUUUUCAUUGCAGUGUGUUUCCACUUGUUCAUCCCUUUUCAGAUGAACUUUCUAGUUCAAAUAACCUGCUUUCACAGAUCUUCUAUUUUACAUUCACUAUUGAUAUGUUUAUUUGUAAAAUAUAGCAAAUUGGAUUGUUGUAUGCUUAAGAAAUGGCAACUCCCUCACCCCAAACCAUAAAACCAAAGUAGCUUAAUUUUGGUAUGCUGAUUUUGUACAGUUUGUAUGUAUUACCUGUGUGUUUUUAUUUUGUAAAGAUGGAACAAAGGAACAAAGGCAGUACUAAGCAUGUAUCCUGUUGAACUGCACUGUGUUGAGAAAUAUUAUGUUCAACAGAAGAUUGUUUAUCUUUUCACUGUUUUCAUGUGAGCAGACUGUGAAGAUGGCUGUUUUGCCAUGCAAUAUUUUUGUACUAGAGUGUGACUUUUAUAGUUUAAAGGUUAACCACAAGUGUAAGCUCCUUUCCAAAACAUCAAGGCUGCCUCACAACAGCUGCUACUUAGAUUCAUCACUGGUAAUAGAAUUUUGUUUCUCACAACAAAUUUGUUGUUAAUACUUUGUAGGAAGAGCCAGAGUUCAGUUUAGUUCUGUGAAUGUACAGUACUUUAACCUGCACUAAAAGGUUUCUUGCAUCUGCAGGAGAGUGAGAAAGGCAAGGCAGACAAGUAACCCUAAAAAUUUCAUAUGAUACUACCAAAAGGGGCAGCUGCUUUCUGAACUAGAAGCAGAAUCAAAUUUGUUAAUACCAACAUAGUUAUAUCCACUGUAUGCUUACAAAUGAAAGUUUCUUUUUGUUAAUCUUUUGUCCUAGAGGCUGUCAUAUUGCCAACUGGGAACAGGUAAAAGUGUUUGUUGGGUUUACAAAUGCGAAGGUGUUUAAUUAAAACAUUCAUACCAGGAGAAAAAACUCACUGAGAAAU